UUGGUGGGUGAAGUCAUAUCUGCAAAGAAACGAAACGUUUCAUUUAAUUAUUUUUUUCAAAAAGAAAGAAGUGAAAAAAUAGAAAAAAUGUUGAGCAUUUCAAGAACUUUAAGAUAUUCAACUGGGAUCCAGAAAAAUGGGUACGCUAUGGCACUACGUAUGCUUUCGAUGUACAAUAUCAAUGACGACCUUUAUCUUUGUACUGACAAACCUCGAAAUAUUGAGAUUGAUAAAAAAUCUUUAAGAUUUAAACAGAAGAGGGAAAACACAAAGCCUCUUGUGCUUAUGAUAAGUUGGUUUUAUGGACAAAAACAUCAGAUUAAUAAAUACAGUCAAAUCUAUACCGAUCAAGGAAUGGAUGUUCUUGUUGGUCGGAUAUCUUUAGUACAAUUUUUGUUCAAUAUUAAAAGCGUUGAACGUUCUGGUCAAAAUAUUGUUAAUGUUUUGCACAACAACGAGCAUGACUAUAAGGAAAUAUUCAUACACACGUUUUCAGCUGGUGGUGGAAUGUACGGUCUUUGCCAGAAGAUGAUGAAAAAGAAUUUGCCAAAAUAUGGUAACAUUCCAAAUCGUGUAAUUGGACAAAUAUGGGAUUCUGUUGCCGCCCCUAGAAUGACAAUCGUGGCAAUCCCUUUCGCACUCUAUCCUAAUAAUACAUUCAUGCGGUCGAUAGUGACGGCACUUCUUUGGUGCCAUUUAAAAAUUUAUCGAGCUCUACAGCCACAUUAUAAUGAGCUUUGGGAAAAUUUUUGUGAUAAUUUAGCAAAAACUCCAACACUAAUAUUUGCAUCGAAAAUUGAUCCUAUUGGAACAAUAAAAUGUGCCGAAGAAGUAAUUGGAAGAUGGCGAGCAAAUGGUGUAGAUGUUACCUAUAAAUGCUUUGAAGAUUCCCCGCAUAUCAAGCAUAUGCAAAAAUAUCCUGAAGAAUAUAUGAAAUAUGUGCAUGAUCAUUGGAAAAAGCUGCUUAAUUUGCGUCAUUCAUUAUUACACACAAUGGGAAAUCAUAGUAGCAGUCACAAGAAAAAGUCGAGUGCCUCAUCGUCGCCUACAAAAACUCAAACCGACUCAAUCAGUCCAACAAAGUCACAAGGCAUGAUACGUUCACCAUCAGGAGCUGAUUUUCAAGAUAAAACGCAUACAAAAUUUGCACCAAUCGACGAAUUAGCAAAACUGCUUGCGAAGAAAAAUGAAUCAGAAGGAAGUGGAAGUGGAAUCACCGAUCAAAUCUUCACAAAAUAUGUUUUUCCAAAUCAUCCAGACCUAGGUAUGCGACUCUUCAGACAUUUUCACACACUCUCGCAUGCUAAGACACCUCAUCUGGGUGUGACCGCAUUUCGUCAACAAUGUGAAAGAUUUUUAUCAAUCUUGGACGACUCUAAAGUCAUUGAAACUUAUGUGCGCAUUUUUUGUGAUGUUUUUUACGAAGAGAAUGCGACAAAAGAAGGCGUAAAAAAUCUUCUUAAACUAUCAUUUAACAUAGCAAUGGCAAAUUAUUUAGGUGAAGCCCAUACAUGCCCUUAUCUCGACACAACAUUGGAUGCCGUCAUUGGAACUUGUUUCUUUCAAGAACCUUUAUCGGUUGGUUUCAUCUCUCGUUGGCUUGAAGAAAAUUGCCCACGAAUUGUCAUUCCUGUUCAUCGUUACAGCAUUCAUUUACUCACUACAAUUAAGAAAGACGAUGAUGAUUCUCAAUCGACAAGUGCCACUUCACCUUCUUCCGUCCUGCCAUCACAAGUAUUGUUGAGUAAGCUUGUUGCUGCAGUUCCAUCACAUUGGACAUUGCUUUAUGACACUCGUCUGCAUGGUGUUGGUGCUAAUCGUUUUCUCCAUCAUGUGCUUGGAUAUCGAGGACCAACACUUGUCGUCAUUAGCUGCCGUAGCACGAAAGAUAAUUCAGACAAAAUUUACUGCGUCGCUGCACCAAACGAAUGGAAAGAAACUCACUUGUACACUGGUGGUGAAGACAGUUGUUUAGUUCAAUUGUCUCCUAAGUUCUCCGUCAUGGAGAAAGGUCAGAAGAUUCUCUAUUUGAACACUCAUAUUCGUGGCUAUCCUAAAGGCUUCAGAGUAGCUGUUGAUCCAAGAAAUCCCAUCAUUUCUGUUAACGAAGAUUUUGAGAGAGUUGACAUUCAUUCGAUCACACAUAAUUUACUGAAUAUUGAAGUGUGGGGUUGUGGCGAUAAAACGUCUCGUGACGUUCAACUGGACAUUAAAAAAUGGCAAAUCAAAGAAGCUGAAAGACAACGAACAGUUAAACUCACCUCAGCUGAAUGGAUUGAAAAUCCUGACAGAUAUUUACUGGAGUUAGGUGGAAGAACGCAAUACAAUGUUGAUAACAAGUAA